AUGCCGACUGAAGUAUCUCGUCUGUUGGUGCUAGGCACCGACCAAGACAGCAAUGCUGCAGUGAUCUCAAAGCUACGUGCCCUAUGUUGCGACGCAGAUGCCGAAGUCUCUGUGUCGGACGUGACGUUGCUGAAUCUCCAGACCAAAUACUACCAAGCACCCGUAGAGCUGCACGUUCACCGAGUUCGUGACAACACGCCUGAGCCUGCUCUGCAGCAUGAACUGCACGAAUACGAGGCUGUUAUGUGCGUUGCAAAUACCGAGAGCUUCGCGCACAUGCAUCAGCUUGCAAAGCGUAUCGUGGACACACUACCGUACGACGUGUGUCUACUGGUGACGAGCACUUCGUCGGCUACAACUAAGAGCGUCAAGAAGAUGGAGACCUGGUGCCAAGACAACGGCUUCGAGUUGGUGGACUUGGACACAGAGAAGGUGGUCAGUCCUGAUAGCGUUAUCGACGAGAAACAAGGCAUGGAACGCGUGCUGGAGGCGCUGCAAUGCACCAUGUGGAGAUCCAUGGAAAUGAACCCUCCGAAAGUAGAGACUGCUGCAAAAUCUAAAGAGGAAGCGACCGCAAUGACGGAGAAGGUGGAAAAGAACGAGGAUAUCGAGAACCAGAAGGAGAAUAAGGCGGACAAUGAUGAACAGGGAGGUGCAACGGAUGAUACAAAGCUCCAGGCAUUGUUGCAAGCACUGGAAAUCGCUGGCGAUGGUGGUGCCUCUGGUGAAGGUGGCGAGGACGACAUCGAUAUGGCUCAAUUCAGUGCGCUAAUUUCGGAGGUUCGCAACGUCCGCGACCAGGGUCAAUCCCUCACGGAUGAGCAACGCCGUGAACGUGCUGCCGAGGUGGCCAUGAAGCUCUGGACCUUCCUGGGUGCAGAUGAUGGCGCUAGCGAUUCAGAUUAG